CUCCCUCUCAGUCGCCCACAUCCGCUCACUUUCUGCACUCGCCUUCAAACAAGCUGCAGCAUCUUCCUAUAGGGAGCAUCUCCUCCACAGCUUGCCAUCCCCGAGGCUGCGUCACUAUCGUCACAAGAAUGUCCAUCGUCAAUAUUGUUGCCAGGGAGAUCCUGGACUCCAGGGGAAACCCGACUGUGGAAGUCGACCUGCAUACUGGCAAAGGUGUGUUCAGGGCCGCCGUGCCCAGCGGUGCAUCCACCGGCAUCUACGAGGCUCUUGAGCUCCGAGAUGGAGACAAGACUCGCUACAAGGGCAAAGGUGUAACCAAAGCUGUUGGUCACAUUAACGACACCCUGGGCCCUGCCCUCAUCCAGUCUGGAAUCAAUGUGUUGGAGCAGGAGAAACUGGACAACACCAUGAUUGAAAUGGACGGGACUGACAACAAAUCUAAAUUUGGGGCCAAUGCUAUUCUUGGAGUGUCACUGGCCAUAUGCAAAGCUGGCGCAGCAGAGAAAGGUGUCCCCCUGUACCGCCACAUUGCUGAUCUGGCUGGAAACACAGAAUUGGUCCUCCCAGUUCCUGCUUUCAAUGUGAUCAAUGGGGGCUCCCAUGCUGGGAACAGACUGGCCAUGCAGGAGUUCAUGGUACUUCCUGUAGGGGCGGAGUCUUUCCGUGAUGCUAUGCGUGUGGGGGCGGAGCUCUACCAGACCCUGAGAGAUGUCAUCAAGGAGAAGUACGGCCAGGAUGCUACAAAUGUGGGAGACGAGGGAGGCUUCGCCCCGAACAUACAGGAGAACAGUGAAGCCUUGGAGCUGAUUAAGACGGCCAUAGAGAAAGCAGGCUUCACAGACAAAGUGGUGAUAGGAAUGGAUGUUGCGGCUUCAGAGUUUUUCAUUGAGGGCAAGUACGACCUGGACUUUAAGUCUCCACCCAGCGCGGCCCGCAACAUCAGUGGUGAGGAGCUGGCCGGCAUCUACCAGGGCUUCAUUAACAACUACCCAGUGGUGUCUAUUGAAGAUCCUUUUGACCAGGACGACUGGCCGGCUUGGUCUCAGUUUACAGCCUCAGUGGGCAUCCAGGUGGUUGGAGACGAUCUGACGGUCACAAACCCACACAGGAUACAACGCGCCGUGGAGGACAAGGCCUGCAACUGCCUGCUGCUCAAAGUCAACCAGAUUGGCUCCGUUACAGAGUCCAUCAAGGCGUGUAAGCUGGCCCAGGAGAACGGUUGGGGUGUGAUGGUGAGCCACCGCUCGGGAGAAACCGAGGACACUUUUAUAGCUGACCUGGUGGUUGGUCUCUGCACUGGACAGAUCAAGACUGGAGCUCCCUGUCGCUCAGAGCGUCUGGCCAAAUACAACCAGCUCAUGAGGUGGGUAUUCAUGGCUCCAUGGGUAUGUAUAGAAGUACAAAGAGAAAACACUACAUAUGCCGUUUUUAUAUUUCCUUCUUUUUCCCCUCUUUGUUUCAUCUGCUGUUGUCUUCUUUCACAUUCAUCUGCCUGCUCGACAUUUCGAUCUGUUUUCUUCCUCACCUCCUCUUCGUCCUCUCAGGAUUGAGGAAGAGUUGGGUGACCAGGCUCGCUUUGCUGGACACAACUUUCGUAACCCCAGUGCCCUUUGAGUGCCAGUGCAUUAGCAGUGGCACAUAAGAAAGCACCCAAACAUAUGAAUAUAAAGUUAUAUUUCCCUGAUAGUAAUGAAAUCGUGAACCUGUUGUUACAACUAAUUAGUUUCUUCAAAUGAUUAAAAUGUACAGGUAAUGCACUGUAGCUACAGCAUAUAUGACCAGACGCUUCAGCGAGUGAGUUACUUAAUUGGUUGCAGCAAAUCCUGAACAAAGCCUGGAGGAAAAGAAAAGAGUGUUUCACCUCUCAGCAGACGAGCACCUUCCCUUGUUAGUUUGUCUCUCUUUCUUGCUUUCUCUGACUCUCUAUACUUCAGACUCACUGCAGACGUGUUUGGAUCUUAUGUGCCCUGUGUUCUUCUUUCUCUUCCUCGUGUCAUGUAUGAUGUGAACCCUCAGCAGCUUGCUUCAAAAUUGUAUGUGUCACUUUGUCUAUAAGGUCAUGCUUAAUAAAGAACUGGAUCCAAAUUAACUCGAACCAA